GAGCGAAACAUCCAUUACGUGCAGUGCCGGAAUUAAAAAGGUUACAUUACGACAAUAACAAAUAAUUAUACAUUUAUUCAUUGAUUAUUAAUGUUGGAAUGGCUUAUGUAAAUAUCAAUAAUAUAUAUUUGUGAACAAUUACUCAAUUAUUUAUAAAAUAAUAUUAUUCGAUGGAAAUAUUUUAAUUAUGUUGAAAAAAGUUUAUAGAGAUGAUGAAAAAAUCCCAGGUGAAUGUCCAUAUGACCGUUGUGCUUAUAAAGGUUGCAAGAAUGGAAAAUAUCGUAAUUUCAGGAAACUUUUUUUAUUUCCAAGAAGCACUGAGCCUGAAAGACUAGAAAAAUGGUUACAAAAUUGCGGAAAUCCAGACAUAAGAAAAAAAGCAGCUAGUUCUAUUCGUCGAUCAGGAGUGUGUGCUGAUCAUUUUGAUCCAUCAUGCUUUUCAGAUGCUUCGAAGCAUUAUUUAAAACGAAAUAGCGUGCCAUUACCUAAUUAUCCCCCUAAUCUUGGUAACAAUUCAAAUCAAAAUAAUUCAACAACAAAUGAAAACAAGACAACUAAUGAAAAUGUAAUUGCAACAAAUGUUAUUCUUUCAAAUGCUGAAUGUCAUGAUUGGAAAUCAAAUGAUACAAAAAUAAUAAAAGCGCCACAGCUUUUUGAAGAUUUUGAUGAUCCUGAUAGAGUUGAUGACAUAGAUAGUUGUUUUCAAAUAUCAUCGGAUAUUUCGAAAAAAGAAAUAUCUACAAAUGAUGACAAUGAUGAAGAAAUUCCCAGUUGGAAGAAGUAUGCAAUUUAUCUCAGUGAUGAUGAAGACGAUGGUAGUAAAAACGAAAAUCAAACAAUAAAAAAUACUGAUUCAUCAGUGAUGGUAGAUAAUGUAAACCCAGACACGAAUAAUCAAUUACAAUAUCAAAUAAACAAUCGAGUAAACAUCUAUGAAGAGCACUUGGAAGAAUUUUCACCUCUUUCACAAGACAGUACGAUAGAACAUCAUGAUGAAAAAAAAAUAGAAACGAUGACAUACGAAUCUAAUUUACACACAAUAAAUAUAAUAAAUCCAACAACUAUUAGCAAUGUUAAUUCAAAGAAUACUAGGACGAUAAUUGAUACUACAGGGGCAAGUGUUGAAAUGAUUAGACAAUUAAAUGCUGAAUUCACUAAAAAUGAUUUAAUAGCUAAAUUAAAACAACAAAAUUCAAUGUUACGGAAAGAAUUGAGACGAAUGAGAAACUUGGAAAGGUUACGUAAACAACGGAAGGCAAUAAAAACAGUAACGAAAAAGAAAAAAUCAUUUAAAGAACAAAGACAAUUAAUUUUAGAUACUAUUGAAGAAAUGGAUCUUUCUCCAGUUUCUAAAGCAAUAAUAUCACUUCAAUUGCACACCAAACGUACUCCUUAUACAGAAGAAGAAAAGAAUCUAGCUACUGAAAUUUUAUUAUAUUCUAGAUCAGGUUUUAAAAAAUUAAAAAAUGCUGGAAUGAAUUUUCCAAGCGCAAGUUCUUUAAAAAGAUGGUUUAAAAAUAUUCGUACCCAAGAAGCAGGUGAAGAGGUAGAAGAAACAAUCGAAACAGAAAUUGAUGCUCCAGUUCUUGUACAACAUGAAAUAGAUUAUCCUCCCGAUCCUUAAAUAAAUGUAAUUAGUCAAUGA